CUUCAAUGGUGAGCUCACCCUGUUCGAGUUUGGAAGGCACAUCUGGCAUCAUGAGCUAGCACUUGCAUGUCUCAAGAUUCAGUAAACUACCUUACACACACUCGGCCACCAUUGUAUCUCGCCUUUUCUCCCAUCUCCUCCAUCUAUCUAUUAAGCAGGCCUAGAGAACCCGAUGCUAGUUGCCGUUCACCCCCAUCGCUGUCCACCCAUCUAAACUCUUGCAGCCCCUCCAUAAUCGGCAACUCUAUCGACUCGGCCCGCCUCCCAGCAGCAGUAGUUCGCCAUGGUUCGAUUGCGAGAGAUCUCGCGAACGGCAACCUUUGCUUGGUCGCCAGGUGCGGCAAAGCCCUUGAUUGUUACUGGAACCAGGGCCGGGGCAGUAGAUGCCGACUUCUCUGACGAAACAAAGCUCGAGCUGUGGGAUCUGAGCCUCGACAAUCAAGAUCAGGGACUCGAACUCCAGCCCAUUGCGAGCAUUGCCGCAGAUUCCAGAUUCUACGAUAUCGCAUGGGGUGCGCCCACCGAAGACUACCCGCAAGGCAUCAUUGCCGGCGCCCUUGAGAAUGGAUCUCUCGAUCUUUGGGAUGCUGAGAAACUCGUUUCGGGGGCAUCCGAUGCUUUGAUUGCACGCACGACAAAGCACACUGGCUCCAUCAAGUCGCUACAGUUCAACCCUCUGAAACCUCAGAUUCUGGCAACUGCGGGAGCUAAAGGAGAGCUCUUCAUCUACGAUGUCAAUGACCCUUCGAGUGCUUUCCGACUGGGUACCGCUGCCGCACGCUCCGACGAUCUCGAAUGUGUAGCAUGGAACACCAAGGUCGCUCAUAUCCUGGCCACAGGUGGCUCCGGUGGAUUUGUUACCGUCUGGGACUUGAAGACCAAAAAGGCAUCAUUGACGCUCAACAACAACCGAAAGGCUGUCAGCUCCAUCGCUUGGGAUCCGAAUAAUUCAACGAAGCUGUUGACAGCCACGCCUGAUGAUACUACCCCUGUCAUCCUCAUGUGGGACCUCAGAAACUCAAAUACGCCAGAGAGAACACUGCAAGGUCACGACCAAGGUGUUCUGUCGGUAUCUUGGUGUCAGCAAGACCCGGACCUGCUGCUAUCGUGUGGCAAGGACAACCGGGCUCUAAUCUGGAAUCCUCAGACGGGUGACCGGUAUGGUGAAUUUCCAGAAGUGACCAAUUGGACGUUUCUGACUCGAUUCCACCCUCACAACCCCAACCUUUCUGCUACAGCUGCCUUCGAUGGCAAGAUCACGGUCCAGACCCUCCAGAAUACCAACCCCUCCGCACCACAAAGCACAAAUCAGCCCAACCUUGAUGGGGAAGACUUUUUUACCCAAGCUCAAACCCAGCCUCAAGGUGCUGCUUUCUCCUUGGUCAAGGCGCCAAGGUGGUUGGAGAGACCGAUUGGCGCAUCAUUCGGCUUCGGCGGUAAACUUGUCAUUUUUAAACAAUCGCCGACCCAACCUGGCCAGCAUCGCUCGACCAAAAUUCAGCUCUCGCAGUUCUCCGUAGACUCUAACAUCGGCUUGGCUAUCGAGAAAUUUGAAGAAUGCCUGAAGUCAGGGGACAUCAACGCAAUUUGUGAAUCGCACCGAGACCAAGCCAAGACCGAAGAAGAGAGGGCCGAUUGGCUUGUCAUGAAAAACCUACUCUCCGAGAAUCCUCGCAAGCAAAUAGUUGAAUACUUGGGAUUCGCCAAGGAGGACGACGAGGCUACGAAUGGCGUUAGCGAAGACGCGGCCGAGCCUCAGGAGGCGGAGACCGAGUCUGAAAAGCCUAGUGAGAAGCCAACAGCCAAGAAGGGUCAUAAGAAGACCGUCUCUAUGUUCUUCUCUGAAGGCGCCGAGGGCGACGGCGAUGAUUUCCUGGCUAGUCUAUCUGCUACCAAGGGAGCAAAGACUGAUAAUCCGUUCCAGUUGUUUAGUGACAGUGACUCAACGACUGAAAAACAAAUCACAAAAGCCCUGAUGUUGGGACAGUUCGAAAAGGCAACGACGCUUUGCUUGAAUGAGGAGCGAAUGGCCGAUGCCUUCAUCAUUGCGAAUUGCGGUGGCAAGGAAUUGGUGGACAAGGUUCAGUCCGCUUAUCUCUCUCAAAAGACUGGCAUGCCGAGCUACCUGCGACUACUUAGCUCGGUCAUUGUGAAGAACUUGUGGGACGUGGUAUACAAUGCGGACUUGGCAGAUUGGAAGGAAACCAUGGCAACUCUUUGCACAUUCGCAGACCCCAACGAGUUUCCCGAUCUGUGCGAAGCAUUGGGCGACCGUAUCUAUGAAACCGGCUCGAGGAAAGAUGCCUCUUUCUGCUAUGUUGUUGGCUCUAAGCUAGAGAAGGUUGUAGGCAUUUGGGUUACUGAACUGGAAGAAACCGAGCAAGCCGGCAUGUCAGAAGGUAACGACUCGGCCUUCUCCAUUCACGCCAGGUCCCUCCAACAAUUCAUCGAGAAGGUCGAAGUAUUCCGGCUUGUGACGAAGUUCCAGGACAACGAGAAGGGACUAUCUUCGGGUUGGAAAUUGACUUCUCUGUACGACAAGUACACUGAAUUCGCAGAGCUUGUUGCUGGGCAUGGGCAACUGGAUGUUGCACAGAAGUAUCUCGACCUGCUUCCAACAGUGUACCCAGCGGCAGAUAUUUCGCGCAACCGACUCAAACAGGCGACCACGAAGAAGGUCACCCAACCCGUGAUAAACACCACGCGCACAGCUUCACGUGCAUCAACCACCCUACCCUACCAAGCUCCUCGUACUGCACAGCCAGGAAUCAGUCCCGUUAAUCCUUACGGGGCUCGUGCUGUCCCGAACCUCCCUUCAAACCCCUAUGGGCCACAAACUACCGCCAGUCCGUAUGGCCCCACAGCACCCCAGACGACGGGCAAUCCGUAUGCGCCUGCCGCUCCUCAACCCACUGGCAGCCCAUAUGCUCCUGCAGGUGUAGGAUAUCAACCAACUGCGCCGCAGCAACCGGGUAACUUCGGGCCCGCCAACGCAGGUUACGGACCUCCCGCUCAAAAUUUCGGUGCCCUUCCGAAAAGCUCGACUCCUUCCAUGCCCCCUCCGUCAAGGUCUGCCUUGAAGGAUGUAGGCAACUGGAAUGACGUACCGUUGGUCCCGUCGAAACAGCCGCAAAGAAGGGCUACGCCUAACACGACGGCCUCCCCGUUUACCAACCAAGCUGGUGCUAACAUGCCCCCUCCUCCUCAGAGUCCCUAUGGUAGUCACCGAGGCAUGGGCACCCCUCCUCCGCCGCCUCCAAAGGGACCGCCUCAACAAAGAGUGAUGUCGCCUCUUGGUGGCCCGCCGCAAGCUGGCCAGCUGCCAACUCCACCACGACCAGGCUCAGCUGCAGCGAAUGCCUAUGCGCCAUCUCCAUCGUCACAAGGACCUGGAGGCGGCCCGGGAGUGCCGCCUCCAAUGGCAAAUGUGGUGGGCAGGAAUUUAUCGCCAUAUAAUGCUUCUACGAGCGCCGGACCGCCGUCCAACCGAUAUGCUCCGGCGCCGACGCCGCAAGGUACCCAGCCUCCCCAACAACCAGGCUUCGCACCUUCCGGAAACCGCCCGCCACAUGGGAAUCCAUAUGCACCGGCCCCGCCAGCUACGUCGUCCCAGAGUCAAUAUGCACCUUCGUCGUUCGGAGCUCAGGCCCAACAAGGGCCACCUUCCGCGGGUCCUCCUCCUGCUGGUCCUCCGAAGGCAAGGGGCGCCACGGCAUCUCCCGCACCGGCGCCUCCUCGAGCUGCAACCCCAGCAAAAUCGAAGUACCCACCUGGUGACCGUUCCCAUAUCCCCGCCAGUGCGCAGCAACUGGUGGACAUCUUGAACCGCGAUAUGCAGCGAGUAGCUUCCAAGGCUCCUGCUUCAUUCGCACCGCAAGUCAAGGACACACAGAAACGAAUCAGCAUUUUGCUUGAUCAUCUGAACAAUGAAGAACUUGUUAAGCCGGACACUAUUGACCAGUUGACUCAGUUAGCCCUUGCCUUAGAAGGAAAGAACUACCCUGAGGCGCAAAAAAUGCAGGUCGAACUCCAGCGAGACAAGACGGAAGAGUGUGGUACCUGGAUGGUUGGUGUCAAGCGUUUGAUCUCCAUGAGCAAGGCCACCCCUUGAGAUGAUUGUCAUGGAGACGGCUUAUAUACACAAGCACUUCACCUUGAACAUGCGCAGUUUGGCGAAAAAAAUGAGGCGGGAUAUUCUGGCGCAGACCGUCUGAAGAGUACAUGUAGAAGAGUGCUCCAUAGAGGGCAUGGGAGAUUCUGCUAGAAUUGAUUAAUUGUUUAAGAAUCCCGUGUCAUGAACAUUUGGUGGUAUCCCCUACCACAGCAGUACUAAUGAUAAAUACACAUUCAGGAGGGCGGGCACCUGCUUCAAGGGUCCGUCAGUCCAGUGAACUUCUUGCUC